AUGAGGCGGCCUUCGCACCUAGAUGAUGUGGAUGGCGAUCAUAUCCCCCGUCGAGCAAGACGGUACGACGACCGCAUUCUGGACCUGAGAGCGAAGCCUGACCAGUCGCCCGAUUCGCCGCCCCAUGCUUUCGACGACGGGGUACAUAGCUCCCCGCGUAGGACGACAUCUCGACGACGACGCUAUUCAAGUUUGAGGAGCCCGGACCCAAACGAGUACUUUGCUGCUGCUUCUGCCUCCUCAACCAUGCCGCCUCCCCCAGCGCCAGCGCCUGUAAUCGGUUUAACAAGGUCUGCAACAGAUGCCGCGUAUCGAAGACCUGUUAAUUGUCUCGCUCCAGACGACCGGUAUGAGGUCCCGCUUGUGAGGAGGCAUUCGGCGAGGGACGUGUCUCCGGGAUAUGGAAGGACGAGGGGGGGAGCAGAAUACUCGGCCCAUUCCUCGGCCACAAGCGGCCUUGCGUAUGGAGAUGAUUAUGAUUGUGAUCACAUAGAGGUUGUUGAGGAGCUCGAGGAGGAGCCGGCCAGGUACAGAGAGCGUGGUCAGUCGAGCCGAGAUGAGUAUAUCGAGUCAUCUUCAGAUAGGAGAUAUCGUAGGAGAAGGAGGAAGCCGUAUGGGGACGAAGAUGGCGGGUCGCGGAGGUACUAUGCUGCUAGUGAGGGUGGCUCCGCAGCCAUUGCAUCAUCAAGGACGCCUGAUCGCAGUGUUUCGUCUCGUCGCGAGAGAGUUUAUCACGUUCCUGAUGUGAUUGAAGAUUCGCGGCCCCCGAUUUCGUCCAACAGGCCGCUAGUGCAUAGACGUCACAGGUCCGCUGAGAUCAUACAGCUUGACCAGCCGAAGACUCGAAGAUUCAGCCGGAGUAGGGCUGGAUCCGUAUCGGGUGGUCCUUCUAGCAUCAUUGGGAGUAUAUUUGGGGCGCAGACAGUGCGACAGGAGAGUCCGGAUAAGCACCUGAAGGAGCCAAAGGUGCCAAAGAAACGUGUUGAUUGUGUCAUCUGUAUGGGUGACGUGCCAACAUCCAAAGCCUCCAAGUUAAGAUGCGGGCAUUACAUGUGCCGUUCAUGCCUUGAACGCAUCUUUAGGCUUUCCGUCACCGAUCCGCAACACAUGCCUCCUCGAUGCUGCACGACAGACCAUAUUCCUCUAAAGCAUGUUGAACGGCUUUUCGACCAUGCCUUCAAGAAGACUUGGAAUCGUAAAUUCGCCGAAUACUCAACCAAGAAUCGAGUUUACUGUCCGGCCCGAAAAUGCGGAGAAUGGAUCAAACCGUCCAACAUUAAGCGCGAGGACGGUCGCAAAGUAGGAAGGUGUAGCAGGUGCAGAACCAAGGUAUGUUGCGCAUGCAACACCCGAUGGCAUGGAGCUAUGUCAUGUCCGAACGACCCAGAGACGGCGGAUAUUCUUGCCCAGGCGAAAGAAGAAGGGUGGAAGCGGUGCUACAGGUGCAAGGCCUUGGUAGAGCUGAAAGAGGGUUGUAACCAUAUGACAUGUCGAUGCGGUGCUGAGUUCUGCAUGAUUUGCGGCAUAAAGUGGAAAAACUGCGAUUGUCCCUGGUUCAAUGAUGACGAUCGCCGCGCCGACUUCUUGAACGAUAUGAAUAUUUCGAUCCCUAGUAUCAGAGGCGACCUGGGUGACAUAUUCCGAGGCAACGGCCCCCCUGCACCACCCGAACUACGAGGGCAUACAGAACCUCCUCCUAUGAUGAUGCCAGUUCGUCGAAGACCAAGGACGUACCAGGAGGAAAUGCACAUGCGACGACAGCAGGAAUCGUUCGACGCCGACUUUGCUCGUCAAUUGCAGUAUACGGGUGAUUACGACGAACCGCACAGUUACAGUAUGAUGGGUGGGUUGGGAGACAUCCAUGGCAUUGGAAACGCAUCAGAGCAUUAUAUGAAUGAGAAUUACAGACGGGGGGGACACUACAGACCCCAAACACAAACGACAGCAGUACACGACAGACCCGAGUACGGUGAUACUCGGCGUUCACGGGGACGUUUAGAGACCUCUCAAGAACGACGACUGGCAGAUCGUCUAUCAGAAACCCGAUCCGGCUUUGGAUCUCCUCCGGCCGCAGGACCAAUUUACCCAGUGGGCAUGAGCGUGCCUCCUCCACCAGUACCUGCGGCCCCGGUUCCCAUCCCGCCUUCCCUUGCGCUGCGGCACCAUACGGUCGAGGCGGAAAUGUACAAUAUAUCGCCGUAUACUCCGCGGACAGAGAGAGUCGUGGGGCGGCGCAUGUCGAGGGAUUACGAAGACGAGGCAAGGGUCCAUUCUCCACCGCGAAGCCAUUGGCGCAGAGGCAGGGAGACCAGGCCCAAGUCGAGCGAGUUGGCCGGAUUGAAUGGCACGGGACAGGGGAUGAAUCGGGUUUCGCAGUGGAGGGCAUUUGUUGAGCCUGGGAUUCCGGAUGGGGAGUCAACGGUUGGGCACGCUUAA